UGACAGACGCCGGUUGUGAUAGUGUUAUUUACAAACAUCUAUUUGUGCAAAGCGAAAUGGAUAAAUUGCUUCAAAGUUUGCUUAAAUAUUGAAGAUUUGGCGAUAAAAUCAAUACAAACACUCUUGCAACAUGAACAUGCUAACGCACUUUGGUCCCGACUCGGGUGGUCGAGUUAAGGGAGUAACCAUAGUCAAACCUGUCGUUUACGGGAAUGUGGCCCGCUCGUUCGGCAAGAAACGGGAAGAAGAUGGCCAUACACAUCAGUGGACAGUGUACGUGAAACCGUACAAAAACGAAGACAUGCAAUCGUACGUGAAAAAGAUACACUUCAAGCUGCAUGAAAGUUAUGCGAACCCGAAUCGAAUCAUCACGAAACCACCGUACGAAGUGACCGAAACUGGCUGGGGUGAAUUUGAAAUCGUGAUCAAAAUUCACUUUCACGAUCCAACCGAACGUCCGGUUACGAUGUACCACAUACUGAAGCUCUUCCAAUCGCCCAUCCUGGACGGUGAGGUAUCAUCGCAGAUCGAGGGUAAGAAGGGUUUGGUGUCGGAGCAGUACGAAGAAUUGGUAUUCCAAGAACCAACACAACUGAUGCAGCAACAACUGACAAACGUUAAACCGGUAACGGCUGGCAUCUGGAAACAUGAUACGGAUUUUGAGGAGAAACAGGUACAAGCGCUGGAAAACAUAAUUGAAACCAAGGCGAAGGUGAUAUCGGAAAUAGCACUACUGAAGGAAAAGCUAAAGCUUGCAAGGGAAACGAUAGCGAAGUUUAAAACCGAAAUGACCAAGGUGCAAGGACAGCAACCUGCCGCAUAAAUGACAACCGGUGCUAUUAUCGAUCGUUUGAUCAAUCAUUAGAAUGAAGGUAUCGGAAGACUCAAUUCAUUUGUAUGAUUCGUGUAAGAUUAUAAGAGAAUAAUGUGCUAUUGUAAGACAUGGUAUGAUAAGAAUCGAUUAAGUACAACACACAAUACAUUUCGAAAUAAUUGAUACACCUAAUAAAAAAAAACAAACGUUUCAUUUAUAUUGUAAUUUUA